UCAUUCUCAUCGCCCACCUGUGGGCUACACCUCACUAUACACUUCCGAGACUACACUUCUUCCUGCUUCCUGGAGAGACGCGUGGCUGUCGAGCAAGGUGCUCGGCAAGAGGACUGAAGUGUGACAGUACGGGACUGUUCCUGCGCACUGAUUUGCGUGCCCAUUCUUCGCCCAUACGCCUCAUCUAGUGAUUCAAUUAAAGAUGAUGGAUGGCCUGCCGCAGCUCGCGUCGGCGUCAGACCUCGAAGUCCGAGCGGCUCGUAUUGCAGACCCGGCUGCACCUUUAAAACUUAAACAUGAUGUUGCUCAAGAGCUGCGGGAUAUGGUUGACUCCGUUCGCGAUAUGGAGGCCUCAAGGACAUUCCCGCACAUGCUUACUGUACUCUUCGACACUCUUCGCAACACGGAGCCAUCCUUCAAACGAGACUCACUGGAGUUUCAGUUUCGUCGAGCGCUUGUCGAAAUUAUUCACCGCAUUCCGCCAUCCGAGACGAUGCGACCUCAACUCAACAACAUAGUCGCUGGAAUUCUGGGCAUUCUAAAGAACGAUACCGAGGAUAACGCAGUCACUUCUUUAAAGGCGUUUCAUGAUUUACUACGAGUUAUGAAGCAGAUAUCCGACGAACAAGCCGUGGAAUUGCUGCAGAUAUUCCUUCAAAUGCUCCGCAGUGUACCCAGUCUCGUUGCCGAAUUCUUGUCUGAGAAUUCGCCACCCACGGAUGCCAACUCAGUGGUAACCAGCAAUCGUAGUCUCAAAGUUAUCACAGAGAUGCCGUUCGUGCUGAUAUUCUUGUUCCAAACACCAAGUCGCACGGCUCUACUCCCUUUACUUCCCGAACUCAUAGGUGCUGCUUUAGAAGCUGGUUCUGUCGAAUCUCCGAUACAGAAAGCUGCUAGGGAGAAUUACGAAGCUAUGGGGGGCAUUUGGGCCGGUCAGGCUCCCAACAUGAAGAAUCCAAAGCUUUAUGAGAACUUGGUGGCUGCACAGAUUAAGCUAAUGAAUUUCUGUUCGUACAUCUUUCGAUCGAAUCACGAGGCUCUUGGUCGGGACCCGCGAGGCGAAGCCAUAUCUGUUCAAUGCGUCCGAAUCCUUCAGGAUUGCCCGAAUUACCUGACUAAUGCCAGAAGAGAGCUUAUAUCUGUCCUUCGACAUCAAAUGGUGACACCAUUCCGGCGUGCCUUCGUCCCGAUCUUUGAGAAACUAUUAUCGGAGCGCAUCAUCUUGGGUUCUCCCGCAGCACCAGUUGACACGUCAAGAUUUGGACCAUUCUUCACCGUCUUUGAGUUAUCAGCUGGACUACGCUCCGAAUUUUCCACGACACAAGUCACUCAUAUCAUUAAUGUGUAUUCUCGAUGGUUGCUCAAUGCGCCGAUGAAUGCACAGGCUCAGUCGGUUUGUGCAAGAAUGCUCACCGGGAUGAUUGAACCGGCUGUCACCAAAUCGCCAAGCGAAGAGAUGGCAGGUCUUACCAUGAUUGCGCUUCAGGCGGUUGUCGAGAAGAUGAAGGCGCUGGACCUGACCUUUAAAGAGGUGAACACUCGCAUCAAGAAGCAGAAGGAAGGGUCAGAUGAAGAUUCACAAUUGGACAUUUCCUACAUUGAGAAGGAACGUCCAUUGUUGCCUUCUAAUACUAAGAAUGAAAGCUCUGAAGGCAUAUCAGCAGACCUUCGAUACCUAUUCCGCACAUUGCUCCACGCUUGCAGAGUGUCGAUCACUAUCCUCAAGAAGCUUGGUGCGACGUUGCCAGACGGAGAAAUAGUAAUUCCUGUUUUUGAGCACAGCAUUGGCAUUUUACUGUCCAUCGAGAGUGCGGAUUUCAAGGAAGAAAGGGAUUCAAUGGAUCUAUUGGCCAUCAUUCUGCAGGACAUCAAUCUACAUGUUUUCCAGGAGUUAUGGACACAGCGUCUGGAAUUUUAUUUCCGUGCUUGUGUGAAAAAGCCCAGUCUCCUUCACUUAUCACAAGUAUUGUUCCAGCAGAAAACGGUGUCUCAGACAGUCGUAUCGACAACUCUGAGGCAUUUGUCUGACGGGUUAAACGAACUGGGAGAAUACGACGACGUUACCGCCUCCACGGUACUCAGGUUUUUCAAGAUGACCUUCAGUGUUGUCGGAAUACAUCCUGAUGCGAAUGAGCCUGUCCUAGCUACUCAUCUCGGCCGGCUUAUCAUGGAUUCCUUCCCACUUGCUGCGAAGGCAACACGACCACUUUAUUACUUCCACCUCAUGCGUGCACUCUUUCGAGCGAUAGGCAGUGGCGGAGGUCGAUAUGAACAAUUGUACAAAGAGGUCCUUCCCUUGUUGCCAGAGAUGCUCGAUUGCCUCAAUCGACAGCUGAUGGCGGCAGAUGCUCAAACCAGGGAUCUACUAGUCGAGCUCUGUCUCACUGUCCCAUUGCGGUUGACGCACUUAUUACCCCAUCUACAUUACCUCAUGAAACCGCUAGUCCUCGCCCUUCAAGGCGGAUCUGAGCUCGUUUCACAGGGCCUCCGCACUCUCGAACUGUGCAUUGACAACCUCAUAGGCGAUUUCCUGGACCCAAUCUUACGACCUGUAUUACGGGAGCUUAUGGAGGCGCUCCACAGCCAUUUGAAGCCAUUGCCAGGAAACCAUCACCAUGCUCAUACCACGAUUCGCAUUUUGGGGAAACUGGGAGGUCGGAACCGCCGUCUUCUUGAUGAAAAGCCGAAUCUGGUUUACAAGCCAUACUCGGACCCGGCGACUAUCACAGUGUCAUUCAGCGGUAGACAAGAGGCAGUUCGACUCGGACCUGUUGCUGGUUUAUCCGCACGUCUCUUAGCGAAGACUAAUACUACAGACAGGAUUCACGCGUAUAACUACUUGGAGCACACAUUGACGUAUUUACUAAACGAGGGGCUAACUGGCUCGGACAGAGAAAGCAUUUUCGUUGAAGGUGUUAAAGGGCUCUUCGAUGCUAUUCAUGUUCCAGAAGUCCAGGAUCGUGCACAAGAGUAUCUGCGGACCCUUUCUCGUCAUGUUUUCACUUUGGAGGCACGCAAAGCCCUCUCCAAGGAUGUCACCAGUAGGAGAUUUCCCAGUCAUAUGUUUGGUCUCUACCUCGAUGCCUUCCCCCUGGCACUUGCCCGAUCGGACGAGAAGGAGGCUCAAAAAGCUGCAGAAGUGGUAAAAUCAAUUGUUCACGAUCUCGUGCCAAUUGGAUAUACCAAUGGCUUGAAGCAUUUGGAUAUACUUCCGAUACUGCACAUGGUUGCGACCCGCUUCAGCACGUUCUGCUUCGAAGAUGCUUGGGUCAGGAAGAGUGCUGGUGUUGCAGGGAUCAUGAUCAUGUCCUCUACGCCUGAGAUUGGUGACAAGUGGCUGUUCGCUCGGGAGAUCGAUAUCGUUCGGACGCUUCUUCACGUGCUGAAAGAUUCGCCGCACGACCCUCCGCGAAACGUCAAUGGCAUAAUUGAGGAUCUAGAAAAGAUUCUGCGCAUGACGAACACCAAGCGUCCAAACCAAAUGGAAGUUGACGGGCAGCCUCCAGCACAGGCUAAUAGGAUACCAUUUUUGAUUGGGAUUUUCUUCAACGACAUUACAUCCCCGCAUCCUGUCGUUCGGAAGACAGCGCAGUCGUGCAUCAAGUUGCUUUCUGAUCUCUGUGGAAAGCCGAUUGGCGAACUGUUAAUGCCGCAUCGUGACCGUGUCAUGACAUCCAUCUUCGUCAAGCCAUUGAGGUCCCUUCCUCACCCUAUCAUAAUUGGCCAAGUAGAAGCAGUGCGAUACUGCAUAAGCUUAGAGACAUCUUUGCUGGAAGUCAAUGACGAGCUUAUUCGCCUACUCCAUGAAGCGUUGGCAUUAGCCGACAAUAGCGAUCAGGCCCUUAUCGCUAAAACGGAUAUACGAAAGAGCACACGAGAAGUAACACAGCUGCGUGUUGCAUGCUUGAACCUCUUGACAGCUGCCCUGCCUCUUACGGACUGCUUCUCGCGUGUACCCACUACGCGACAAAAGGUUACAUCAGUAUAUUUCAAAUCACUUUACAAUAGCUCCAGGGAUGUCGCAGAUGCUGCCCAUGCUGGUCUACGGAUUGUGUUGGGGGAUCAGUCACGGUUCCAAAAAGAUCUUCUUCAGUCUGGCUUGCGGCCUAUCUUGAUGAAUUUAUCCGACACCAGGAAGUUGACGAUCCAAGAUCUUGAAGGUCUGUCAAGGCUUCUCAGACUUUUGGCGAACUAUUUCAAGGUUGAGAUCGGCAUAAAACUUCUCGACCACUUCCGAGCCAUUGCAGACCCACAAAUGCUUCAAGCUUCAGCACGGACGCCGUUGUCUGAGAAUGAUUCCAUCAACAAACUUGUUAGCCUCAUCAAUGUUUUCCACCUCCUUCCAGCGACGGCAAUCAUGUAUCUCAAGGAUCUUAUCGAUGCUGUGGUUCAGACAGAGGCGCGAUUAUUCUCAUGCGCCAAGAGUCCAUUCUCUGAGCCUCUCGGCAAAUACGUUGAUCGCUACGCGCCUGACGCCAUGGACUACUUUUUGAAGAACAUGUCCUCACCUCGACACGUACGCACCCUCAGAAACCUUCUAAAUGCUGGUACGGCCCCAAUGCUUCUCAGGGAACUGUCAGCCCGUUCUUGGGAUAUCGCCCGCGUAUGCUUUUUGAGUGGCAACGCAGACACCAUACUGCCCGGUCUUCUCGUAUGCGAAGACCUUGCCAAUCUUGUUCAAGGAUGGACCAAGGGAAACGAUAUUAUAGACACUGUACUUGGCCUAUGGAAGCUGGAACCGGAGCAUCCACCUGAUUGGGCACCCCUGUCUCAACCAACGUAUCACAAGCAUUCUUCAAUGAUCUCGAUUUUCAGGAAGGCGCUGCAGGAAUCACCACGUAUUGAUAUCCUUUUUGACAUAGUGUCUGCGUAUUCCAUGGAUGUAGUCACGGAUCUCGGCGACCUAACGCACUUUCUUUACGAACACGUUGCUCUUCAUGGGUCUUUCGCCUUCCGGCGUAACAUACUGCUGAGAUUCCUCGUCUGGUUUGACGACCCCUCAGUUUCAUACUCAAGGAAAAUGUAUUGUCUGCGAUAUAUUAUCAGCCCCUUAAUAUCGGUGCACGCGAGCCGAGCUUCGGAAGAUAGUAUCGUUGACAGGUCGAUUAUUGAGCGCCUGCAUACCAAAAUUUGGAAGGCGGGUGACACCGAUGCGUUUUCGGAUGCGGACGAUUUGUUCAAGGUCGAAAUUCUGCACUUAACUACUGUUCUGCUUCAUAAAUGCCCGCAACUUCUCGUAAGCGCCAAGAAGGACAUAAUCAAGUUUGGAUGGCCUUAUAUAUCCAGCGAUGAUCAGACAGUUAGGCAGAUGGCGUACCUUCUCACUGCGCGGUUCUUUGCUGCGUUCGACUCCCCCCCGAAAUUCAUCAUGAGGACGUGGACCGGUCUCCUCCAGCCUCCUCACGUUGACGGCAACCGAGCGCUGACCCAGCAGACCCUUGAUAUUCUUGCUCCUGUUCUUCAGAAAAUGCCAAAUGACCCAUCGAUGCCUCACUGGGCAAGGACAACUCGACGUCUGCUCGCUGAAGAGAGCAACGGCAACUUGCACGUUAUCAUGAUUUAUCAACUCAUCGCGCGUCAACCAGACCUAUUCUAUUCAUGCCGAGCACUUUUCAUCCCACACAUCAUUAACUCGCUGCAGCGGCUAGGGUUCCAGAUGAAUGCAAACAACGAAGGACGGAUACUUGCUUUAGAUGUCCUAGAGGUUAUAUACAAGUGGGAGAAGAAAUCGGCGGAUAGUGGUGACGAGUCGGGAUGGAUUACUCCCCUCGUGUUCCGAGAAGGAGUCAUUAGUUAUCUAACUCGAGCGGCAUGCGGACCUCAGGAUGUUGUGACAAGGACCACUGUUGUUGCACGUUCAUUAAGUCUAUUGAAAGACCUUUUACGUUUGCCAGCCUGGGCGAGCGUCAAUUUCAAGCUAGAUUACUUCCGCAAGUCACUCUGUGAAGUGGAAUUCACUCAGGAAACCGCACCUGUGAUCGUUGCGAACGCCAGAGUGCUCAGUGUAGUUUGCGCUGAUCGACCGGACGAGUGGUUCAUCCAGAAUGUCAAAGCUUUGCAGAAACUCGUCCAGAAGGGCAUGCUUCUGGACGAAGUCAUACUUCACGAAACUCUCCAUCCAAUUGUCGACCGCAUCCUGAAACUGUAUCCCCUUCCUAAAGAAGACGAAGAAGACAACACAGAUGCGGCUGAAUUCCAUACCUUCGUUCAGAAUGCUAUAUCAGAGGGUUUGAAGAGCAUGACUGGUCUACGCGGUGCUUUAUUGAUGCUCAAAUCGGUUGUGGAGAUCGUUCCGGAACGGAUCGAACCAUUUGCUGCGGCUUUGAUGAGACUUCUAGGGAAACUUGCGAAGGAGCACAUCGGUUUACUGCCAGGAGCUGAGAACUACGAUGCCAUCGUUCGAAUGCUCAUCUCUAUCCUGAAGAUAUGCCAGAACUCUUCGCAAUUACCGCCCGAGCAGAGGAAGCUCCAUUUAGGCAACUUGAUCAUCCUGGUUGAGAAGUCCUCCAGCCCAAUUCUAUGUCAAUUCCUUCUCGACACAGGCCGAGAUUGGGCGUUGCAUCGACGUGAUGCUUAUCCGACGAUGAAGGAGAAGGCCAGUUUACUUCAGAAAAUGGCCAGCUUUGAGUCUCGUGGCACGGACCUUUUCAACCAAUAUCUUGAGCUCAUCUACGACAUAUACACGGAGCCAACCUUGCGUCGCAGUGACUUAACGUCCAGACUCGAGCAGGCUUUCCUCCUAGGCUGCCGCUCCCAUGACACCUCGCUCCGAGAACGAUUUGUCGAUCUUCUGGACACUAGCAUUCCUCGUUCUCUGAUGAGUCGCAUGACAUACAUUUUAGGUUCUCAGACCUGGGAGGCAUUGGCCGAUCACAACUGGAUUUAUCUUGCGUUGGAUCUUCUUUUGAGUUCAGUUGACAGUGAGAUGCCGUUGGCGUCUUCUCCGAGUGUCGUGUUCACGCAAACAUCGUCUCCAUUGGCCUUAACGUUGGCCAACAGUACGAUUCGAGACGUCAUUCGCCCAAUGAGACGACUCCUCUUUUAUGAUGCAGAAUCAGCCCACGAAACAUGGGUGUCCGUCUUCUCGUCCAUCUGGUCGCUUCUCUCGCGUAAGGAACAGGGCGAGGUCACGCAGCAUAUGAUAAUCCUUCUCAGCCGCGAGCAUCAUAUUCGCCAAUGUGAGGCACGUCCUAAUGUCGUACAAGCCCUGCUAGAGGGCAUUCAUGCUUGCUCUCCUCCCAUGAAUUUACCCGCUCACUUACUCAAGUACCUGGCAAAGACUUUUGGUGCGUGGCAUGUCGCCUUAGAACACCUCCAGAAGUCACUGGAGUCUACCCGAGAUGAUGACGGAGUAGGCUUGGAUAGCGUCUAUGACGCUCUCGCCGAGGUGUAUGCAGAACUGGCCGAGGAAGAUAUGUUCUACGGUCUUUGGAGGCGGCGGUCGUUGCAUAACGAAACGAAUGUCGCUGUCACUUACGAGCAAAACGGCAUGUGGCCGGAAGCACAAAUUUCGUACGAGCAGGCUAUGAUUAAGGCGAGAAAUGGAAUUGUUCCCUUUACAGAGUCCGAGUUUUGCCUUUGGGAGGAUCACUGGAUCAUUGCUACGGAGAAAAUGCAGCAAUGGGAUAUUUUAUACGAGCUCGCCCGAAACGAUGGCAACAACGAACUGCUCCUCGAAGCUGCUUGGCGAAACAAGGAUUGGGCAGACAAAGACAGCCUUCAAGUGAUCGAGGAACAGGUACAGGGGAUGUCUGAUGUUGCGACACCACGCCGACGUGUAUUCGAAGCGUUCAUUGCUCUGGUGAAAUCUCCCGGAGCGGUUGACAGAAACAUCGAAUUUACUCGAAUCCUUGAAGAUGCAAUGCAGCUGUCACUGCGGAAGUGGAUCGCCUUCCCUCCGAAGAUGUCUGCGUGUCAUAUUCCUCUUCUUCAGCACUUCCAACAGUUCGUUGAGCUUCAGGAAGCUGUGCAGAUAUUCGGCUCAUUGGCUACCACGACCACAGUGAACCUUGAAAAGAAGUCAGCUGACUUGAAACUGGUACUUCAGGCGUGGAGAGAACGUCUACCGAACUUACAUGACGAUAUUAGUGUCUGGAGUGACCUCGUUGCUUGGCGGCAGAACGUUUUUAGUUCCAUCAACAAGCACUACAUUCCUUUGAUCCAGUCUAACAGUCAGAAUGGAGGCCAGGCCAGUGCUGCGAAUACAUACGGUUACCGCGGAUACCAUGAGACAGCUUGGAUCAUCAAUCGCUUUGCGCAUGUUGCUCGCAAGCAUGAUUUGUUCGACGUUGCUCAACAGUCUCUGACCAGAAUCUAUGAAUUGCCGAACAUCGAAAUCUCUGAAGCCUUCCUCAAGUUGCGCGAGGAGGCUCGCUGCCGCCUUCAGGUGCCCGAACGAAUGGUGGACGGUCUGAACUUGAUCAACAACACGAACCUGGUGUAUUUCUCUACUCCACAAAAAGCGGAAUUCUACACGUUGAAGGGCAUGUUCUAUUCCGCUCUGAACGACAAUGAUGAAGCGGAGAACUGUUUCAGUCAGGCGGUCAGCAUGGACAUGAACGUUGCGAAGGCGUGGGCUGAAUGGGGUCGAUUUAAUGACAAGAUGUUCAACGCCAACUUCACGAACGUCGGCUCUGAUGCAAAGCACGGCGCGCAUGCUGUUUCAUGUUACCUUCAGGCUGCGGGUCUGUAUAAGAAUGCAAAGAGCCGCCCGCUCUUGACCAGAGUGUUGUGGCUUUUGAGCGUCGAUGAUGCUUCGAGUAAUAUUGCCCGAGCCUAUGAUACUUAUUCUGGAGACAAGGCCCUCUGGUACUGGAUAACGCUAAUUCCGCAAUUGCUUUUUUCAUUGUCGUAUGCUGAAGCCCCACAAGCACAGGGCAUACUCAUUGAUCUGGCCAAGGCAUAUCCACAGGCAUUGUUCUUCCCAUUGAGAUCGUUGAGGGAAGAGAUGCAGCAGAUACGGAAAGCCGCUCAACAGAAAGCAGCAGCGCAGGCAGCCCAGAACGCUUCGCAUGGAGAUCAGAACGCGUCGAACUCUGAUAUAGCUAUUGACGGAGCGUCAAAUGCAGCAGGACGACCUGCAGGGGAAGGCAGCAGGAAGGAGGAUUGGAUGCUGGUCGAGGAAGUCGCGGCGUUGUUGAAAACGAAUAACCCGUUACUCGCCCUUACUCUGGAGACUAUGGUUGAUCAAUUCAUUAUGAAAUUCAAAUCGACCCCAGAGGAAGAAAUCUAUAGGUUCACCUUCAUGCUCUUGCAAGACGCCGUGCAGAAUGCAAGCUCUCGUGCAAGAGAUCCGAAUGACGACGGAAGGCUAUCGGAACAUAACCAGAGGAACAUUGCCAAAAUGGCCAUCCAUCUCGCGGGUCCUGCUAGAAAAGACUACGAGGACGAAUUCGUGCACAGUAAACCGCUCAUGGGAGAGUACAUCACCAAGCUGCAGCAAUGGCGAGACCGAUAUGAGACAUUUUUGGAUGCCCGUCCUCGCAUGCAGCCGCUUGAUCUCAUCAGCCACUGGCUAAUUGAGUUCCAGUAUGCAAAAUUCGAUGAAGUAGAAGUACCAGGCCAAUACCUUGAGCUUACGGAUGGCCCUCAGCAGUUCAGCCGUAUCCGGCAAUUUGGUUCCAAAUUCGAAAUGAGCCGUGGUCAAGGAUUCUGCUUCAAGCGCUUCGUUAUUCAUGGACACGAUGGCAUGAAGUAUAAUUUCGCUGUCCAGCAGCCUGCAGCUCGUUGGAUACGACGGGAAGAGCGUGUCAUGCAGCUGUUCCGCACAUUCAAUCACGCCCUCACCCGCAGAAAAGAGAGCAGGAAACGUAAUUUACAGUUCCACCUCCCUUGGGCAGUAUCACUGAGCCCAAGCGUCCGACUUAUCACGAAUGACUCUUCUUAUGUGUCACUGCAAGAUAUCUACGAUCGACAUUGUAAAGACAUGGGUAUUACUCGAGAGGAGCCAGCCAUUCUUGUUUCACAUAAAACCAAACAAAUCGCUCGUGAACUGGGUCGUCCACCGACGCCGACAGAGCUUAAUUCUCUUCGAAAGGCUGUCAUGGAUGAGGUCUGCAGAAAGAUGGUACCAGAGGAUAUUCUCAGUCGUUACAUGACCCGCACUAUGUGUGGACCGCAAGAGCUCUGGAGAAUGCGCAAGACCUUCACGCUUCAGUUGGCUGCUGUCAGCUUCAUGACUUACGUAGUUUGUAUAACGCAACGGCACCCGUCUCGUUUCCAAAUUUCUCGAUCGACAGGUCAGAUCUUCAUGUCGGAGCUACUGAGCGGUGUCAACUCCCAAACUUGCUUGAUCACUCAAAGCGAAGCCGUCUUUUUCCGUUUCACGCCUAAUCUACAGAAUUUCGUAAAUCCUGUGGGUACAGAGGCGCUGUUCUGUCCCGGAAUAGUCGCGAUUGCACGGGCUUUGACGAAACCAGAGUACGAACUGGAUCAACAUCUCUGUUUGUUUAUCCGGGAUGAGGUGUUGACCCACUCAAACAUCAAGGGCAAGCGUGACACGAAUCAAGAAGCCAUGUUCCGCGCGCGUGUUACAGACAACAUCAACGGGAUUGUGAGUAGAGCAGAAACGAUGGGUUGCAAGAUCGAAAAGAACCAGCCUACUCUGCAGGAUCCGAAGGACGAUAAAGUAACGCAAUCUAUGCAGAGUGCUGCGAACUUGAUUUCCAAUUGUACGAACCCGACUAGACUGGCAAACAUGUCAGAUGCUUAUCAGCCAUGGUAUUAA